AUGGCAGACAACAAGCCCAUCGUGGCGCUGGAGUCCACCAUCAUCUCGCACGGCAUGCCCUACCCCAGCAACUACAACAUGGCGCUGGAGGUGGAGGAAGUGAUCAGGGCUGGAGGAGCAGUGCCGGCAACCAUCGCGAUCCUCCAUGGCCAGAUUCACGUCGGCACUUCGCGUGAGGCCCUGCACCUGCUCGCCGAGCGAGGUCAGCGAGUGCGCAAGACGGCAAGCAGGGACCUCCCGCUUCUCCUCUCCAGCCAGCAGGACGGGGCGACUACCGUCUCCUCCACCAUGAAGAUCGCGAGCAUGGCAGGCAUACGGGUCUUCGUGACGGGGGGGAUAGGAGGGGUGCAUAGGGGAGCUGAAACCACCGGCGACGUCUCUGCCGAUCUCACAGAACUGGCUUCCUCCCCCGUCGCCGUCGUCUGCGCAGGCGCCAAGUCCAUCCUUGACAUCCCCCGCACCCUCGAGUUCCUCGAGACGUUCUCUGUCCCUGUCAUGAGCUACCAAUCCGAUUCCUUUCCUGCAUUCUUCACCAGGAGUAGCGGGUGCCCCUCGCAGAUUCGAGUGGACACUCCGGAGCAUGUAGCUCAAAUCAUCUCCAACAUGUCCAGACUGGGGAUGAAGGGAGGAGCAGUCCUCGGUGUUCCGAUCCCAGAGGAAUCUGCUGCUGAGGGAGAGCAGGUGGAGAAAGCCAUCCACAAGGCGCUGAUGGAGGCGCAGGAGCAGCGGGUGGAAGGGAACAGGGUAACGCCGUUCCUCCUCAAGAGGAUCAACGAGCUAACGCAGGGAGAGUCGCUGCGAGCAAACGUGGCGCUUGUGAAGAACAACGCGAAGAUAGGGGCGAGCGUUGCCGUCGCUCUCAUGAACAUGGGAGCGUACUCGGAGGGCAGGUAG